AUGUCCGCAAGAUUAUUUCCCGGCUCAUUACUCAGAGCCAUCCUCAACCAUGAUAUCAGCCAUUCAAACCAGGUAGCCCUCCAGCCUGUUCUCCGCAAUCAAACCUUUGCCCGCACCUGGUCUCCUCGCCACCACCAAGAACACCGAUAUGGCCGUCGGACUCAGGGCCAGCCCAGAUUCUUGCUUGCCUCUGGCCUGGGUAUCACCCUGAUCGGGGCUGCUGGCUCGUUCGACUCGGAUCAACAGCGGAACUUUUGCGAAACCGACUUUGACACCAUUCGACCUCUUCACACCCGUCAACCCUCCUCCAGGUCAACCCUGCCCUCCUUUACUUCCUCCCCUGCUUUGGCUUUGGCUUUGGAUCCGAACAGUGGUACCACCUCCGAGAAUUUCAAAGCUUUGGAUGAUGUUGAGGAUGAUCAGACUUCCGACUCGGCUCGGGCGGCCAACCACGAGCUGCCCGGUUCAUAUGCUUCUUCGCUAUCUGCUAAAUUUACUCGUCGUCCCAUCCCCUCGACUUCAAGUGCUGGGCGUGGCGCUGGCUCUCAUCAGAAUCAGCAUCAGCCUCAGCCUCAGCACCAGCACCAUCUGAAGAAGGCACGUUCCUCUCAUUCCAUCAGGCAUCGCGGCACUCAAUCCACCUAUCGCCGCCCCCCUGUUCCGGCUCCUUGCCCGCCCCCGGCGAAUUCCUUCUCGCCCAUCUCCUCUGCAUCAUCCGCCUCCUCGUGCUCUUCCCUAGCAGAUGAGGUUGCUCCAUCCAUACCCCCUCAAUACCCCUCGUCGAGUCGUCGAUCUUCUAGGUUUUCAACUCCUCUGAGGAGUUAUCAAUCGCUCCAUUUUACCAAACAGAACACUGGCUUUCAGUCUCGUCAUCCUGCUCACCAACAUCACUCCAGCAAUUCGCAGUCUCGCUCAGUCACCCCACUCACCUCAUCACCCUUGGACAAUAGCUCUUCUCAUCAACCGGUCCCUCUUUCCAAUCCCCCCUCUGAACUGCCUGAUUUUCAUGAAUAUCAUCCAUGCCCCUCUGAGCUUGUGCCCUUCCCUUCCCAGCACCCCGUCACCUCGCCUCCCACCAGGUUCACGGAUUUUGUCAAGUCAAAGAUUCAAAAAACCGCCCGCCGCUCGAUUUCCCAUUCCUGGUCCUCAUCGCUACUAUCCGCACAUAAACACCCCUCCAGUGCUCCUUCCGUGUACUCUAGUGCAGCGCCACUGUGCCAGACUGAGAUUGAUCAGUCGUCUACAACUGUUGGCUGUUAUCGCUCUAUUCCCUUUAGUUAUACUUCUGACAACCUUCAGGCCCCUACGAACGACCCUGCUCCACCGCUCAACAUGCUAGAUGCUGAGCACGAGGUCGAAUCCCUACUUGAUCACCGUGGUGUACCCGCUCACUCUGCUCCUCCUCUACGCUCUUCCUCCUCCCAGCCGUUCAUGGCUGGACAAUAUCACAAGAAAUCCUUGAGCGGUAACCGAAGCCAAAGUGCGAUGGGCAAACGGCCGGCGCAUGAGAUGCACCAGCGUGCAGGCUCAUCCACACCCGGCCUGAACUUCCGCCCGACCGCUGCAUUCCACCUAUCAGGUGUUUCAUUGCAGGCGGAAUUAGCUAGCAAGCCCAUCAAGUCGACUGGUGGUAAUUCACCCCCUCGCAAGUCGGUGCGAACUCACCUUAGUCGACUUGCUCAGCUUCUUACUCCAUCUCCUACCCUUAAGUAUACUCCCGCGAGCUCUUCGAAAUCCAAAAUCCCAUCACCUCCCAUGGAAGCCAGACCGAUGUCUUCAACUGGCCUAUCUUCCGAGGCGUCCUCCGAGGUGCCAUCGCGCCAACUUUCAUCUACGGCGCUUGGCACGCCACAGGUCAUCAGCUCUCAGAAACCGAGCGCGGCACCAAUGGCAAUCAUCAACUGGCGGACUACACUUUCGGACCGUGAAUACCGGCACAUCCUCGAGACAUGGGGUCCUACGGAAAUUCAUCGCCAGCAGUUGAUCUGGGAGCUUUGCCAAACGGAGACCGCCUUUCUCGAUAGCAUCGCUGCUGUAUUGGAUCUUUUCAUCAUCCCUUUGAGAGAGGAGAGUCAGUACGGAACAUGGGUGGUUGGCGUGCCCGAACCAGUCCAAAAGUUGUUUGGCGAUCUCGAUCAAAUUGCAAACUUCCAUUCGGAGAUAGUAAUGGGAAUGAGCUACAAUCGCAUGUGCGAGAAGAAGCGCAACAAAGCUCCGGUGGUGAUGAAGUUCGCGGACAUGAUGGCCGGCUUCGUUCCUCGGUUGCGGAUUUAUGAGCGCUAUCUAGUGUGCUUCGAACGUGUUUCUCAGCUGAUCGACCGUCUCUCGAUCGACCCAGCCGAUCCCUUUGGCUCCUUCGUCAGGAUGCAAAGUCACAUUGCCGGUUUCGGUGCCAUGACAUUGACAAGUCAUCUCCUCAAACCUAUCCAGCGUCUGAUGAAGUAUCCUUUGUUUUUUCGACAAUUGUGCGAGACUACACCUCUGGGUCAUCCGGAUCAUCAGUCUACUUCCAACCUUUGGAAAGCAACAGAUGGCAUCAUCCGGUCAAUGCAGGACAUCAAAGGCCUUGAGGAUGAUCAUGAGUCACUCAGAGGUUUGGAAGAACAACUUCUGGGCCUACCUGAGGGAUUGGUGCUCGCCAAUCGGAGGAGGAAGAUCGUAAUCCGAGGCACGCUGCAAAUGGUUUACCCAUCGCACAAAGAUAUCUUGAAGCUUUCGCUCACCGCUCCCGACCCCAAGAGGGAGACAUUCGGCGAGAUGGCGCCGACGUGUCGAAGGAUGUCAAGCUCUUCGCACCUUUCUAGUCUCGGUUUGCGCAGUGAUUUCAACAGCAGGAUCACCACCAAAGGGAUCAUCAGGUCACUCUCGCCAGUCUCAGACUCGAGCGAGACCAGCGAAACGACCCAUUCUCGCUCGAGUUUCCAUUCGAUGAAUACCGAAACUACUUUUGACGCGACCAGUUCACCCCAGCCCCUGGUAUCCGAAAUUUCCCACCAACCCAGGUCGUUCUCGGGCUGCAGCACUCAGAGUGCCCCCCGUUCCGAGCCGUCCAACGACCCCGAUCCAAUCAAGCUCAAGCCUCCGCGCUCUCUGCAGUCCAAACGAAGCAGCCAUAAGCUCAGAAAGUCACGCGGGAUUCCCACCGAGCCCGUCGAGGUAAUCCUCCUCACCGACAUGCUCAUCCUAUGCACGCGCGAAGCACCACCCAAGAAGAAUUGGAGGUCCAGCUCGCGCAAGCCUGAAGAUCUUGACCGCUUCCGCAUCAUCGACGGUAUUGGGUUAAGCCGGUUGACCUGCGUUGAAGACCUGGGGGGUCAGUUGGGAGAGUUCGACGACCUGGUCAAGCUGGAUCUGAAGCCGCUGGGAGGAAUCCCACGCGCAGAGAUCCAAAGGAGACUGACGCCAAGCGCGUGCCAGGAAGAGACGAUUCGAGCCCAAGAGCACUCGAUCUAUCUGAGCAGCGGCCCAGCCCCCCACUCAUCGCCGAUGAUCUGGGGCACCCUCGCACCCUCGGCCCCUAGCUCCCUCGGCGCCGAAAAGGACUGGAAGAACUGGCUCAAAGAAUUCAGGAAACUCGAGGUGCUCACUCAUCAUACUUUUCAUCGUCAGCUCAAACACUCUGAGCAGAAAAGGAGGAGGUCUACUACCGGGAGAAUCGACCUUGCUAUUAAAAAGUCUAGUUCAAUGAGUAACUUGGUUGAUUAG